AGUAGUCCUUUUAGUGUACCAAAACGUAACAUUUACGGAAAGAAUACUUCAGAUGGUGAAAGUAGUGAUCGAUCUUCUUCUUCAACUUCAAGCUUUUAUCAAUCGAAAGAAAAGUUAAUUAGCUCUGCAAGUGAAUUUGGAUUGACAGCAUUAAAAAAAGCAAGUGCAUUGUAUAAGCAGUCAAGAGAUAGAGUAAAUAAAGCAUUAGUGGAACUUCAACUGCAACAUGAUUCAGAAGAUGAGGAUACAAGAAGGCCAAGAUGGUUGCAAGAAAAUGAAUUUCAAGAAUCUGAUGAUUAUUCAAACGAAAAAUAUAGUAAUUCUCGAGGUGAAAAAGCUAAUGAUAAGCAUAGAGUAUUUCAAAAAAUUGCUAGUAGCUGUGAUAAUACUAGUAGUGAAAAUAUUGGUAAUUUAAAUAAAUUUGGUACUAGGAAUGGAGAUAAGUAUGGUCGAUUAGAAAAAUUUCAAGAUAGUUAUGAAGAUACUAGCAGUAGUGAUGAGGAUCAACCAGUCAUUGAUAAAGAUAAAUUUGCUCCAAUAUCUUCGGACUUUAGAAAGAACGACAAAGUUAAUCGUCUGUCUAAUUUCGAUAUUGUUGAUUCAAAAAAAUCAAAACCUGCAGUCCCCUCGAGAUCUACAAAGCCAAAUAUAGACUUUAAUAAUUCAUCUUAUGUAUCACCUGCUCGACGACGACCCCAUACAAGUUCAUCAUCAUCAACGCAUAAUACUCCUAAAAUUAUACCAACUCCUCGACCAACAGUUCAUGUAUCUCCAGAACAAAUACGUAAUUCGGAAUCUCACAAAACCAAAGGGAAUGAUGCAUUCAAACUUGGUCAAUUUGGUGAAGCUGAAAAAUCUUAUUCUCUCGCAAUUGAUUGUUUACCCUCAAAGCAUAUACAACUUGUUGUGCUUUAUAAUAAUAGAGCGACCGCAAAGUCCAAGAACGGUGAUCAACGAGGAUGUGUUGAGGAUUGCAUUCUAGCUCUUCAAUUAAUAGGUGAUUAUACAUUACCACCACCACCAGGAGUUAACGUAGACUUAAAAUCUCAAUACAUCCCACGCAUCAUUUAA